ACUACAUCGUCACCGCACAACUUCCAGACUCUGCGCUGUCACUUCUACAACCCUUCUCAUACCUUUUGUUCCCCAAGAACAUUAUUAUCUGGCAGACAUCAUGAUGGAAAAACUUGCUAGUGCCUUGAUGAUGUGCGGCAUUGUCAAUGCAGCUCUGUACGAGGGUGUCAUAUCGACUAGCCAUGGCCAAGUUCAAGGCCAUCCUGCCUUCAACUCCACUCCCAACGGUAAUCUGACCAACUGGAAGGAUAUCACUGUCUGGAAAGGCAUUCCUUUCGCUGCUUCAACUGCAGGCGAAAAUCGAUGGAAGGCUCCCAAGCCAGCGGGAAGAUGGAAUGGCACACUUGACGCCAAGAACUAUGGUGACAUCUGUCCAUCCACAUCAUCCAACUCUGAGUAUACGAUCUCUGAAAACUGCCUCAACCUCAACAUCUGGACCUCGGCUACCUCGACCAAGCAAAAGCGUCCCGUUGUCAUGUGGAGCUAUCCAGCCUAUUCCACAGCUGCGGACGCUCUCUUCGACGGUGCUGGUAUGGCCGAUGCUGGUGUCGUCUAUGUCAACUACAACUACCGUACAGGUGCCUUGGGUUGGCUGGCUCAUCCGGAGCUCUCUCAAGAGCGUUUCAACACUGUCGGAUUCAACAGCUCCGGAAACUACGGAAUGCUUGAUCAAUUUGCCGCUCUCAAAUGGAUUCACGACAACAUCGAGGCAUUCGGAGGUGACCCAAACCGCAUUACAGUCAUGGGCCAGAGUGCCGGCUCUGCUGCAACGCAGCAUAUCCUCAACAGCCCUUUGACUAAGGGUCUUAUUGUCGGUGCCAUCAUUGAGAGUGGUGUACGCGAUCCCCAUGACCCUUUGUGCGAGACUCUUGCCGAGAACUAUCGCAACCUUACCUUUGCCUUGAACCAAGGCCUGGAUUACUUGGCCGACAAGAACACUUCCUCCAUUGCCAACGCUCGCAAACUGGAUUACACAACUUUUGUUGAUUCUGACUUUCCUCCUACCUCGUCUAGCUGGACUUUCACAGCCACACUAGACCACUAUGCUUUGCCCGACACCUACGAAAACACCCUUCGUAAAGGUGCCGCAAAUGAUGUCCCUAUCAUCACUGGUAAUACUCGCGACGAAAGUGGUGCCACGUACGGCCUUAACAUCACGAUUGCCGAGUAUUUCGCCGAUUUGAACGAGACAUACUCCGGUCAGUGGGUGGACAAAUUCUUGGAACUAUACCCAGGCAACAACGCUUCUCAAGCCUCUGAGAGUGAGAACCAGCAAUUCACCGAUCGCUCGAUCAUCGGCACCUGGAUCUGGGCCCAGAAGUGGAAGCAGGCUGCCAAAAGCCCGAUCUACACAUAUAUCUGGGACCACGCUCCUCCUGGCCAGAGUCAAGGUGCUUACCACGAGUCUGAGAUCAACUACGUCUUGAACAAUUUGUACGGUACCGACUCCCCGUGGACCGAUGAAGACUACGAGAUUGCCGCCACCAUGAACUCCUACUGGGUCAACUUCAUCAAGACCGGAAAUCCGAAUGGUCAGGGAUUGACUCGUUGGGAUAAGAGCAAUAGCAAAGAGAUUACUCAGCGUCUUGGUGAUGGAUUUGGACCUGUCCCGCUGGCUCUCGCCAAUCGUGUGAAGCUCAUGGAAGAGUGGCUUCUCACCCAGCCUGUCUGGUAAACCUAAUAGAUGCUACUUCGCACUGGUACCUGUACUAUCUGCCUUAGAAAUGACAAGUUAGCUGGCCAGUAAGGAAGGGGACGGCAUUGAUUGUAGAUCUGUGGAGGACUCGCACUGGCAUUACCCGCUCUCUCCUGGGAGGCGCAAAAGAAUCCCGACAUCGUUCUCAAGAUAUGAGGAGAGUGUGAUGAUCAGGCGCCAUUACUAUCUGUCGAGAUACACAAUGAUAUUCAAACCCGACAUACCUUCCACUGAGAGCCUGAGUUUCUCACUAUACUCGAACCAAGUCUCCUCCUUGACCUUUGCAUAACUUCUAGUAAAAUUUUAGCUGUUCUCCCCUCACACCUUCCCACAUUUUCACCAGUAGCUCAGGC